AUGCCGCCUCCUCCCUGCAGGCCACCUGGGGAGACAGACCUGAGCCACUCAGGGUCAGAGAGGCCAGAGCAGGCAGGCCUUCUCACAGGAGGCGCCUCUGGAGGAGCCAGGGGUGGCAGCGGGGGCUUCGGAGAUGAGGUGGGUGAGGGCCUGGGCACCCUGGUGAGAGGGGGCCCGCUGGGCAGUGGCAUGGCCUCUCGCUCGCGUAGUGGCCCGCGGCCCCCUACAGGGGUCCAGACCCUUCCCGGGCCCUCCAUGGCCCGGGCCGCAGCUCUCCUCCCGCUGUCGAAAUCGUCGUGGACGCUACUGCUGUCGCUGCUGCUUCUACUCUGGGAAACCGGAGCCCAGGAUGUGCGUGUCCGUGUGCUGCCCGAGGUCCGGGGCUACCUGGGGGGCACCGUGGAGCUGCCGUGCCACCUGCUGCCCCCCACCCCCGACGUGCGCAUCUCUCAGGUGACGUGGCAGCGCCUGGAUGUGGCUGGGGGCACCCCGAACGUGGCUGUCUUCCACCCUUCGUACGGCCCCAGCUUCCCCAGCCUGAAGCCGGGCCAGGAUCGGCUGUCCUUCGUCGCGGUCGGGCAGGGCACCGAUGCGAAGCUGCAGGAUGCCACGCUGGCCUUCAAGGGGCUGACAGUGGAGGACGAGGGCAACUACACCUGUGAUUUUGCCACCUUCCCCAAUGGCACUAUCCGAGGAGUGACCUGGCUCAGAGUGAUUGCCCAGCCCCAGAACCACGCCGAAGCCCAGGAGGUCACACUCAGCCUGGAGCCCAUGCCAGUGGCCCGCUGUGUCUCCAGAGAGGGCCGCCCGCCUGCCCGCAUCUCCUGGUCUUCGUCCCUGGCCGGGGAGGCCACUGAGAGCCAGGUGCCAGGAUCCCUGCCUGGCACCUUCACUGUCACCAGCCGCUUCACCCUGGUGCCCUUGGGCCAAGUAGACGGCGCAAAGAUCACCUGCAAAGUGGAGCACGAGAGCCUCAAGGAGCCCGCCCUGCUGCCCGUGACCCUCACUGUGCGCUACCCCCCUGAGGUCUCCAUCUCUGGCUAUGAUGACAACUGGUACCUCGGGCGUAGUGAGGCCACCCUGAGCUGUGAUGUCCGCAGCAACCCAGAACCCACAGGCUAUGACUGGAGCACGACGUCAGGUGUCUUCCCACCCUCGGCAGUCGCCCAGGGCCCCCAGCUGCUCAUCCACUCAGUGGACAGACUGCUCAACACCACGUUCAUCUGCGCAGUCACCAACGCCGUGGGCACGGGCCGCGCCGAGCAGGUCAUCCUCGUCCGAGAGACCCCCAACACAGCAGGCGCGGGGGCCACAGGCGGCAUCAUUGGGGGCAUCAUCGCUGCCAUCAUCGCGACCGCUGUGGCCGCCACGGGCAUCCUCAUCUGCCGGCAGCAGCGGAAGGAGCAGAGGCUGCAGGGGGCAGAGGAGGACUAUGACCUGGAGGGCCCUCCCUCAUACAAGCCCCCGACCCCAAAGGCGAAACUGGAAGAGCCGGAGAUGCCCUCCCAGCUCUUCACCCUGGGGGCCUCAGAGCACAGUCCACUCAAGACCCCCUACUUUGAUGCUGGCGUCUCACGCACUGAACAGGAAAUGCCUCGAUACCAUGAGCUUCCCACCCUGGAAGAGCGUUCUGGGCCUCUGCACAUGGGGGCCACGAGCCUGGGGCCCCCCAUCCUCAUGCCCACGGGGUCACCUGCUGUGGAAGGGGUUUCCCUGGACCUAGAAGAUGAAGAGGAGGAGGAGGAGGAGGAAGACUAUCUGGACAAGAUCAACCCCAUUUACGACGCCCUGUCCUACUCAAGCCCCUCUGAGUCCUACCAGGGCAAAGGCUUCGUCAUGUCCCGCGCCAUGUAUGUCUGA